UUCUGAUUUCACACCGUGUGGGAAUAUUCGACCACUCAGUGAAACCGAUUUCUCUUUUUUAUUCCUGAGUGACAACGUGGUAGUUUCUGUUAGCGGAACGGUUUAUAUUCUAGCACACGGAACCAGAAAAGUUGGAGGCGGAAAUUAAACCUGUAAACAAACGUAUAGCUUUAGUUAGAAGCGGUUACAGUAUGUGCACAUUGACUGUCUGCUGAGCCCAAAGAAGAUGUUUAAAAACACAUUCCAGAGCGGCUUUUUGUCUAUUUUAUAUAGUAUCGGCAGCAAACCUCUUCAGAUAUGGGACAAAAAGGUGAGGAACGGUCACAUAAAGAGAGUCCCGGACAAUGACAUACAUUCGAAUGUGCUGGAGAUUGAGGGAGCAAAUGUCAGCACCACCUACAUAACAUGCCCUGCAGAUCCCAAGAAGACCCUGGGGAUCAAACUUCCCUUUUUGGUCAUGAUCAUUAAGAACCUCAAGAAGUAUUUCACCUUUGAGGUCCAGGUUCUGGACGAUAAAAACGUUCGCCGGCGGUUUCGAGCGAGUAACUAUCAGAGCACGACGAGGGUGAAGCCCUUCAUCUGCACCAUGCCCAUGAGGCUCGAUGACGGCUGGAACCAGAUUCAGUUCAACCUGUCCGACUUCACCAGGAGGGCUUAUGGAACCAAUUAUACAGAGACGCUACGUGUACAGAUUCAUGCUAACUGUCGGAUAAGGAGGGUGUAUUUCUCCGACAGACUCUACUCUGAGGAUGAGCUUCCAGCUGAGUUUAAACUCUACCUGCCUGUCCAGAAUCAGAAGGCCAAGCAGUAGAGCUUCUUGCAGUGUGCAUCCCCCCCGAUGUGAUUUGGAGUUUUAGUUGUGACAACAUUAUGCAGAUUCAGUGUGACAUAUAGUUUUGACUUUUUCGUGAGUCUCUGCACAUUCAAGUCUGGUCUGAUGUUUCCUUGCACUGCUGUAAAAAGAUAAUUGCAAACAGCUUACAGCCCCACUGCUUAUUUUGUAAAUCUUUACCAAAAAGAAAGAGAUUUACUGUUUAAAAUUAAAAUUUGCCCAUAAAUACAAUUAAAUUGCAUGGUUUGUUGAUUUAUUUAAGUCACUCAGGCUAAAUGAUGUUAAGUCUUCUGGCUACAGGUAUUUUUUAAAAGUCCACCAUGUCCAUUAUUCUGGGGGUUUUUCAGUUUGCCACCAUCCUGUGCAUCCUAAACAGUAUUUUUGAAUGUUAACCACCUUAUGCCCUCGUCUAUAUUUCCUUCUGACACAAUGCAGAAUCCCUUUAUUUUCUUUCUUGUACUAGAGGUAUGAAUAUCAGCAGAAAGACUUAGUUUCAAUAAAUCGUUGUUUCUGUUAAAGCUGUAACACUUGACAGGAAUAAUAUAUGAUCCUUCCCUCUGAAAGUCUUUAAACAAAUAAGAUCAAACAUGUUCAAUUCGGCUGAUGCAGUGUUUCAUGACACAUUCUGUGGGCUGCAUCCUGACACUUGCUUCUGAUUUUAAUCCUGUUAUUUUACAUGACAGUAGUUGUAUAUUUGCUAAAAGGAUUCUCAGAUUUGGCUCUCUAUUAUAGAAAUAUGUUUAGAUGCUGUGAUGAUUCUGACAUUUAUUUUGAUUAGGCUAACUACUUCUAGCUGAAUUCCAUAACCACACCUGUUAAUUUACAAUAUUAAUAAUUAUAAUUUUAGAUUUUGUAUUAAAUAAAUGCCUACCAGUGGUUUCUUCACAAAAUAAAUAUCUAUAAAAACAAAAUGUGUGCUUAGAUAAAAGCCUUUAAUGUGAACAUUAUCAAGCGCUUUAGGCAGACUUUUUCUGCUUCAUUUUGUUUCUUCUGUGUUUUAUUCAGGUGUAUUUAUUACCUGUGCUGUUUAUUACCAGGUUGCAAUAAAGUUU